GGGCCUAGGAUAAUAUUUUUGAAUAUCUGAGCGUUUAAACUUCUGAUUCGUCUUAUAUCUUGCAUGUGGUGGAUUGAAAGUAAGACAUUAUUUGUCAUCUGUUUCCUUCUCCGGGCUUUACCCUGAGUGGGUGGAACAUUAACAAAAUUUAUAUUUAUGCCUUCCCAUCCGAUAACAUCGUCACAGCAUCCGUGAUGUUGAAAGUAAAUCUCGCGAGACCAUCAACAUGAUUGCGUGUGGCCUUGAAGUCAGUGCCGUUGCUGUGGUUACGGAUGAACGCGAUUGGACGAGGAAGUACAGUUUUAUACUUGGAGGAGCUCAAGACUUACCUCAUUGGUGGCCACUAAAUAAUAAUAAUAGAUAAUGGAGGAUGACGACGGAUUGAAUGACACAUUAAGACAGCAGUUUCAAGCCCUGCAGAAUCAGCAGAAGAAACGACUCCAAAAAAACCAACCCAGACCACAUACGCACGUCACACACGAGACUGCAGAAGUCCAGGAUAACCUGAACCUGUCAGAUCAAGGCUCAGCCUCUGAUCCUCAUCUACAUCUAAACCUAAAGGAGAGUUUGUUACAGAAUGAGAUUCAGCAGUUGCUCGAUCAGGUGAGAGAACUCCGUGAUGAAAAUGGCCGUCUCCUCAAACUCGCAAGUGAGAAGGAUUUUGAGAUAAAUCACCUGAAUAAGAAGAGAUCUGAGGAGCGACUGGCCCUUGGAGGCACAUUUGGUCUUGCGGGGGAUGCAGCAGCUGCCAAGAUUGUUGAGCUUUCCAAAAAGAACAGAGAGUUAACAGCUGAAGUGGAGAGAGCGACAAUUAAAAUAAAGCAUGGCAGCAAACAAAUCAGAGAGCUUGAGAUGAAGCUAGAAGAUGCUGCAGUUCACACUCCUGGCCAAAAGUUUGACACAAGAUUGACACAGGUUUCGAGGUCCUCCGAAGGCUGUGAGAGCAGUCCUGCAGUGAAAUCCCUGCAGGAUAAAUUAGCGGCUGCCCAGUUCAAAAUGACAGAGUACCGCAACCAGAUUCAAGCUGCCAAGCAGGAGGUGAAAGUAGCUCAGAAGGCAUUGCUGAGUGAGGUAGGAGAGGAGGUCAACCUUCAACAACUUAUAAGCAGCCCGGGGAGCUUCAGAGGACGUUCUCAGCAGAUUCUAGCGCUUCAGUCACGGGUGCGAGACCUUGAGCAGCAGUUGGCCGCGUCCACGCAGCGGAGACACGGCAGCAUGGAGGACGAGCUUCUGGGGGCACGGGUCCUACAGAAGACCUCCCCUCAGGACAAGAACCUGGGGCACAUCCGCAACAUGGAAAAGGAGAAGAGGGAGGCCUUUGAGCGGCUCACAGCAGCGUAUGAGGGGCUCUUGGAAAUCCAUAAGGAAACCAAGACGAAGCUCGAGGCAUCCAGGGCCAGGAAUAAAUCUCUCACUGCGGAAAUGAAAAUGCUGAAGGUUCAGAUAUCCACCCUCCUGGACAAGGGGAAACACGAUGAUGAGCUGGUGGACACUUUACUGCUGACCCGUCUGCAGGAGGUGCUGGCCAGGCACAGUCAACAGCAAGACGCACAGAGCCAGUACACCCAAGUGCCCCUGGGCAACUCCGACACCACUCCACGCAAUUCCCUCGUCCAAAAGCUUGGGCAGUUGGUAGCUGAGAAAGAAGCAAAGGUCAAGGAACUAGAGAAGGAGAUUCAGCAGCUCUCCUUAAAGAGAGAAGAUACGGGUAGCCAGUCCAGCUUCCAGACCUGCAAUACCCAGAAUCUGCCAGAAGAGGGAGACAGCAGCAAGAUAAUCACUUCUACACGGCCGGUUUCUAAACAUGGCCAUCAACUUGUGCCUUCAAAUCUAGGAAGCAGUGUGGAGUUAGGAGAUUCAGGGGUGUUGAAGUGUCCUCACUGUUCAGCUGAUUUGACCACGAUCCAGUACGAAUACAAGGCUCUCUACCAUGCAAUGAGUGUGGAGAAAGACAGACUCUCCGAGCUAAUACAAGUCCUUCGGUCAAAAGAGAAGGAGAUGAAGGUACGGUGUGUGGAGGCGGACCAGAGGUCCCUGGAGGCUCGUCGUGAGGCAGUGACCCUCGAGCAGCAGCUGGAGAAGGCCAAGCUAGAUCCAGCGAAAACAUCCACUCGUGACGCCAGCAGCAGGAAGUGAAUGCAAUCGUGCAAUUUCCGCUUUCAAUAGCCUGACAAAAAGUGCGGUGCGAUUUAGUUGAACCCUAUUUAUUUUGAAUGUUCUCAAUAUGUGGCUUAGUUGUAGGAUUUACAGACUGGAUACAAGCAACACACAAACAGUUGUAGCUGCAGACACGGUACAAACUGAAAGAGGAAAAGCGGUUGCUUCUCUUGACCCGAGGAUCAGAUGAUCUCAGAGAUGUUGGUCUGUCUCCCCCCCCCCCCCCCCCACCACCACCACCACCACCACCACCCACCACCACCACCACCACCCCUCCUCCCCCACCCUGGCCAGGGGCUGUCGUCUGGGAAAGGGUGAGGGAGGACCUGGAGCUGGAGAGUGACAUGAUGAGCCAGGUCAAGCGCGCUCUCCUGCAGGCGCACUAACAAGGCAAGGCAAGCCAAGCAGGGAGACCACAAGCAGCACACUGCUGACUCCCAGCGAGAGGAGCCGCAGAGGCCCGCCGACGUCCUGUCAGGUCUGCUAGAGACAGAGAGGGUGGGGGGGGGGGGUCUUUUUGUUUUCAUGGGACACACACUUCUUCGUCUUCAUUAGGUCCCUUUUAUGUUUUGCCUUGUUUCCUUGACAGUCUCCGAUUGCUCCCCCGUGCUUCAAAUUAACUCAAUCAAGUCACUCAGAGCUCAAGUGUCUGUCCUUAUCAUCUUAACCCCUAAGGGCAGUUGUUCCUACAGCUGAUUGCAGAAAUAAUUUCUCAGUCAUAGGCUCCAACAUGUCUUUGCGUUGCUUUGCCGCGUUCGCAAUCAUUAACAUAACAUGAUGUCAACCUUUAGCAUCGCUUGCUUACUGCCUGAAUUGUUCUUACAGACUGGGCGACAAAAGUGCAUAUGGUUAGCAUACUUUGAUAAUAUUAUACUAUUAUGGACAAUAAAGGAAGCCUAGCGUUUGAGUGACUAAA